CAUCACUUCUAUCGUUCCUUUGUUGGCCCGUCCUCAGCUUUGUUCAUGAUUGUCAUGGUCGACAAGGCGCGGGGUGUUUUGGGGUGCGUGGAAACAACAGGAAGCCUAGUCCCUCCGCAUACAUUGCGGUGAACGACUUGCGCCUCUCGCAUUAUCGAUCCUCUCAACUCUCCUUCUCCGCUCUUAUCAGCCCUUCCUACUUCGUAGGCAUUCCCCCAUGAUCCUGGUUCGCCUCCGAAAACUCAAAUAGUACGAAUUGUUUUCGGAAUUAACCAAGUUCUCGUACUCCGAGAAAAUUCAAUCUUGCUUCUUGUCAACAUGUCAUCCUCCAGGAUGUCUGACAACGGUGAGGGCUCAUCCUCUCAGCGUAACCGUUCAGCGUCGCCGAUCUCCACGUCCGCGAUGCGCUCAGGAUCACCUGCAGGAGAUGUUUCUUCUUCUUAUAGGCAUGCCUCGAUAGCCCGUCUAGCAUCACCAAUUCCUUCUCCCUCGAAUUCCUAUUCGUCAAGACAGGUACCGCUGCCGAUUCAACCAACCGCAGCAACCAACCAAGACCUCCGGAAAGUCGACAAUCCGUCAUCCUUACCCGGCCCCGGACAAUCCAUGAUUGCAUCUGCGCUCCAGGACUACCUCGGCCGAUCUCCUUCUCCGAGAGCGGGUACCCCUCCGAGGCGGACUGCUUCGCCUGGCCUCCUGCACCAGCCUGUCAGGUCGAACUACGGUUCCUUCGAUAACAAGGCUGGGAGAGAGGGUUCGAUAUACUCAGCUGGCCCAUACGAGGAUCCCGAAGUUGUCAAGAGACAUUUGGUGCAACCCCAGAAUGUGGUCGAAAAUCGGGAUAUUCACUCUUCUGGGGGUGCCCAAAGUAACGCCGAGGAUGAGUUCUCUAGUCUGCAACUCCAGGGUGGUGAUAUCACGAGACAGGUGUACAGAUGGGCCGAGGAUGCAGAAGCUGGAAGCUCAUUGCGGAAACCCCACCGCAGCAGGAGCUUCAGUCAUGCUCGACCUGCACCUGAGGAUGAAACCACGAACAUCAACAGUAUCCGUGUCCCAGGAGGUUUCAGAAGAGACUAUCUAAGACGGGCAGUAGGCCCCAACCUCCCUGGAGAUCUGGAUGGCUCGGGUGCGCAGGCUUCUGCUGCUCAGCCCCAGCUUCCAACAAGCAGCUUUCUGGAAUUUCUGACUCUAUACGGUCACUUUGCUGGUGAAGAGCUUGAAGAGGAUGACGAGGUCUUGGGUCCUGAUGAGUACUUCUCAUCGGAUACUUAUGAUGAAGCAGAAGGCAGAGAACCAGGUGAAGACUCAGCCCUUCUCAGGCCAGACACAGCUGGCCGAAGGAAGCGCAAGCCCCGCGGUGGGACGGGAACCAACACGCGGACCGGAGCAGCUUUGCUAUUACUCAAGUCUUUCGUUGGUACAGGAGUCUUGUUCUUGCCGAGAGCUUUCUUGAAUGGUGGCAUGCUGUUCAGUAGCAUGGUACUUCUUGGUGUAUCACUACUCAGCUUUUACUGUUUCAUCCUCCUGGUUAAUACGCGGCUGAAGAUUGAUGGUUCUUUUGGUGACAUUGGUGGUGCGCUCUAUGGAAAGCAUAUGAGGCGCAUCAUUCUCGGCUCCAUUGUGUUGAGUCAAUUGGGCUUCGUCUCGGCAUACAUUGUUUUCACGGCCGAGAACCUACAAGCAUUUGUCCUGGCUGUCAGCAAAUGCAAAUCUUUUAUUGACAUCAAGUUUAUGGUGCUGCUGCAGCUGGUCAUCUUCCUCCCUCUUUCAUUGAUCCGCGAUAUCAGCAAGCUCGGUUUCACUGCCCUCAUUGCAGACCUGUUCAUCAUGAUGGGACUGGUUUACCUCUUCUAUUACGAUUUCUUGACUAUCUCCAACCAAGGCGGUGUUUCGGAUAUCAUAUCCUUCAAUCCAUCCACCUGGACACUUUUCAUCGGCACGGCUAUUUUCACAUAUGAGGGCAUCGGUCUGAUUAUUCCCAUUCAGGAAUCAAUGAAGCACCCGCAAAAGUUCCCCGGUGUCCUCGCAAUGGUGAUGGUCAUAAUCACGAUCAUCUUCCUCAGCGCUGGUGCGUUCAGCUAUGCGGCAUAUGGUUCCGCAACGAAGACGGUAGUCAUCCUCAACAUGCCUCAGGAUGACAAGUUUGUAAAUGCUGUGCAAUUCCUGUAUUCUCUGGCGAUUCUUCUCAGUACCCCACUGCAGCUCUUCCCGGCCAUUCGAAUCUUGGAGAACGAGCUUUUCACUCGGAGCGGAAAGUACAACCCCAGUAUCAAGUGGAAGAAGAAUUGCUUCCGUUUCUUCCUUGUCAUGAUCUGUGCAUUUAUUGCUUGGGGCGGAGCAGAAGACUUGGACAAGUUUGUUUCGCUUGUCGGAAGUUUCGCCUGUGUUCCCCUGAUUUACGUAUACCCGCCUCUACUGCAUCUCAAGGCCUGUGCCCAAUCGAGACGACAGCAGAUUGCCGAUAUCGCACUCUCCGUUUUCGGAGUCCUCAGCUGUUUGUAUACGACCGCCCUGACGCUCAACAACUGGAUCAACGGGUCGGACGUCAAAGCCCCCGGCUACUGUGACUCAUAGAUUGUGUAAAUGUCAUGAUUGUUAUCCCGUUCCUUCGGAUCGGCUCUCUGGAUAUGAAUGAUUGAUGCUACAAUGUGAGGCCAUCGUCCAUUCGAUGGAUUGGCCUAUACUUCUUGGUCUGAUUGCUAAACCCCUGUUUGAUUAAAUCUUGUUUAUUAUUGCUGUAUUCUCGAAUGUAUUUGGUAUAGACUAGAGAUUAAAUUGCCAGUAUAUGUCUAUUGUAACCUUAUCC